AUGAGAACUUGCCCCCUGACCCCACCUUGCCCCCCAAAUUCCUGGCGUUCUGGGUGCGUGGGCACCGGAGCCAGGGUGCGCGGCGGCGUGUGGCGACAGCUCUUCUCUGCUCAGCCCUCACACAGCAGCCGCAGGACGAGGCGGAGACGCCAGGUCCGAGCUCGGAGGGGGCGAGGCGCGCUCAGCGGCCUCCUGGACCUGGGACGUCUCCGCCGGGGGUCGGCCCCCGGGCGGGAGCGUCCUGCCUGGCUUCGUCUCCGGCCGCGACACCAGCACCGGCCGUACGACGAGGGUCCAGGCGCUGACCGCCUCCUUGAGUCCCCUCGGCCACCCCGCCGUGGACUGCUGGGGUUGCAAAUUUGGUGGCUGUCACUGCUUUGCCUUGUUCUAUUUUUUUCCCUCAAUUCCCUUCUAAAAGUAGAGGCUUGGGGGAGGGAAAAGAAAACCCAGUGUAGAAAGGGGCGGUACGAACUGACCUGUCAACGGCGGAGGAGGAAGACCCCGGUUCUGGGCGAACUCUCGAGCCCGCGCAGGGACCGGAGUCCUGGGUUCGCGCGGAGCGGUGCGGCGGCAGCUGUGCCUCAGCCAGGUGUCCCCCCUCGGCGGGGCCCGCGCUACCGCGCCCGCCCCCUCCCCUGGCGCCGCGCUCCCCGCCCCAUUGCGUCAACAUUGCGAAAAGGAGAAGGCGGAGCGGUGGCCCCUCCCCCUCCCUCCGCCGGCUCCUGGGAGAGAAAAGCCCCAGCACACGACCUAAGUACACAGCAGCCAGCCGUCCGCCCGCCCCCGGCCUCCUGCUCGCCGCUUCCCCCUCCUCCUAGCCCGGGCCAGAGCGCUGCCAACCCCGUCACGUGCCCGCCCGGGAAAACCAGCUCGCCGGUGCUCCGCGCCGCCCGCCAGGCUCCGUGGCGGCUGCGGCUGCCUCGCUCAGCUGUGCGCCCAGCUCGUGGGCUCCGGCUGUAG